CCGGGGUAACGGGCCCGACGGCCGCGGGGCGGCGGCGCGCGAUGGACCUGGAGGAGGCGAGAGAGUUCCGAGAACGCUGUACCCAGUGUGCUGCAGUCUCUUGGGGUCUCACGGAUGAAGGCAAAUAUUACUGUACUUCUUGCCAUAAUGUCACAGAAAUAUCAAAGGAAGUGCUAAACACGGGGGCUAUCCCCAAUACUAAGAUACAGGCCAUCAACAGAGGGCUUAAAAAGAAAAGAAAACUUGAGAAAGGCUGGGAUUGGUAUGUGUGCGAAGGUUUUCAGCAUAUACUUUGUCAACAAGCAGAAGCCUUAAAAAAUCUUGGAGUACGCCCAGAAUUAAAGAAUGAAGUUUUACACAAUUUUUGGAAGCGUUACCUUCAGAGGAGCAAGCAGGCAUACUGUAAAAACUCGAUUUACGCCAGGAGAAGGAAAGCUGUGAUCCUAGAAGACAGUCUCAGUCAGUCAGACUGGGAGAGCGAGCCUGAGCUGCUGAGUGACCUCAGCGGUCCUUCUCUUGUUGAAAGUGGAGCAGAGUCCCAGGCUGAUGGCCCUGCUCGGAAGCCUUUCCCCAGCAUUGGAGCAUCGCACUCAGAAACGGCGUCCAUCUGUUCCGGAUCUCUUGAUGGAGUCGAAUAUUCCCAUCGAAAGGAGAAGGGGGUGGUGAAGAUGAGCGUGCCGGGGACACUUGCCUUCUGCUUCCUGUCCUUACUUUGGCAGAGAGAGACGAUGACGCUUUCAGACCUCUUGAGAUUUGUCGAAGAGGACCAUAUUCCUUACAUAAAAGCUUUUGAGCAUUUUCCAGAAGAGAUGAAAUUAUAUGGGCGUGACAAAGGAAUCUUUGCCAUAGAAUCCUGGCCUACCUAUGAGGAUAUCUAUAAAAAGGCGAUUGAAAUUGCCACGUUUUUAGAUUUGCCUCGGUUUCCAGAGAUAACUGAAGAUUGCUAUCUUCACCCAAACAUCUUGUGUAUGAAAUACUUGAUGGAAGUCAAUCUCCCCGAUGAAAUGCACAAUUUUACCUGCCAAGUGGUAAAAAUGACUGGAACAGGAGAAGUGGAUUUUCUGACAUUUGAUCCUAUAGCUAAAGUGGCAAAAACUGUCAAAUACGACGUUCAAGCCGUAGCUAUUAUUGUGGUGGUAUUGAAACUGCUCUUUCUGUUGGAUGACAACUUAGAGUGGUCUUUAUCUGAUGUUGCUGAGAAAUAUAAUGAAAAGAACAAAGAAGAUAAGCCAUGGUUUGAUUUCAGAAAAUGGUACCAAGUUAUGAAGAAAUCUGUUGAUGAGAAAAAACAAAAAUGGGAGGAAGCCAGAGCAAAGUACCUGUGGAAAAGUGAAAGACCACUCUACUACUCGGCCAUUGACAAGUCAGUCGUGUAUAAAAGGAAAGAAAUGGUGGUGAAUCUGCAAAAACAAUUUAGCACACUGGUCGAUUCAACACCGACUGUUGAAAAAAAAAGCCCUUCAAGUUUUCAGUUCAACUGGCGUGAAGAAGAGCCUGGCAAAGUGUGUUUCCACGGACAUAGCCUCCAGGGGAUCCUGAAGAAGAAAGGCCAGUCACUGACAACCAAGAACCCGCUGUACUGGCUUAGCACACAGAAAUUCUGUAAAAGCUAUUGCAAACAUGUGACAACCUAUGAAGAAUCCAAUUUUUCUCAGAGUUACCAGUUUAUAUUAAAUCUCUUCUCCUUCCUGCUAAGAAUAAAGACCUCUUUUCUCCAUGAAGAAGUGAGCUUAAUUGAGAAGAGACUUUUUAAAACAAGGUACAGCAAAACGAAAAAAAAAUCUUCAAGAUCCAGAAGAAAUUCACACCAGAAUAAAAGUCUCCCUAGAAGUCUCCGCUCAUGAGGCUCCUGUUUCCUAAGUGUCAGCUGCUUGGGCCUCCGCUCCCGCUCCCAGCUGACCGCUGUCCCCUGUCCCAAACACAGCCUGUGACCGGCAGCCGCGCUGCCCCUCCCUCUCCAGCCACCGUCCCUCCGACCGCAGCCCAGGGACCUGCAUCCAGGCGCCCAGGGGCGCCUCCUCACUGCAGGUCCCCUGGGUGCGGAGCCUCAGAGUCCGCAUUCUCUCACCUGGCACCCUGAGUCCCUCACGCACUCCCCCACCUGCUUCCCCUCCAGCCUGCGGUCCCUCAUCUUCCUCCCGAGUCCCUCCUCUGGCCAGGGAUGGCUCCGUUCCCGCAAUUCCUCCAAGCUGACAGCACAUCCUUUCCUGAGGUGACACCGUUAAAACACUGCCCCUGUUUGGGGUGUCCAGUUUCUCACCUCUAGUGCCUCUGUCUCGCCACGCCCACCACCAAACGCCCAGUCACCACCCACCACCCAGGUGUUCCCACCCCCGCCUUCCCCUCAAGAGCCAUUGUUGACAGAGUUCAAGGGUUUGGUUUUGCUUUCUUUAACAUUCCAUCAAUGAGUAAAAUCAUACG